AUGGGUUCUCCGGAAGCAAAACGUCGCAAACUCGAAAACGAACCAAUUGGUUGGUUCGAUUUGCCAGAAAAACCGCGAAAAAUCAUCAUUGACGCGAUGCAUCCGAAAACUCGCUGCAUUUUCACAAUUUGCUCGAAAAAGUGCGAGGAAGAGGCGAAAUUGUCGGUGAAUUUCAUGUAUGAGAUCAGUGUUGAGGGAGAGCGAAAAGAGAAGAAAUUGAAAAUCAAACAUCAGACAACUGGAUGGAAUUGUGAUUAUCAAUUGGAGUUUGUUGAGAAUAAGAAGAAGAAAAAGAAUGAUUCGAAUUCGAAUCCGAGUUUGGGGCCUCAAACCAAAGUUAUUUACAAAAAGUAAGCAAUUAGUAUUUUAGAACUUUGUAAUAAAUAUUUUUGUUCAGAGACAUUUACAAGGCAGCUGUGAAAUGGGAGAAAAUCGAAAAUGGAACACCAGAUGCUGUUAGACUCAAGUAUUUCCUCGAUUAUUUCCAAAAAUACGAGAAAUCUUUGAAAAAAUUGGAAAUUAACGACAAAAGUAUUUCACUUUCCUCAUUCAACAUCAAAAAUUGCACAAAUUUGGAGAAAAUCACCGCAAGACACGGAGAUGUAUUCAAAAGCGAUUUUAUGACUUUCGAGCAAGUUAAAACCAUCAAAGAUGUUGAUAUUUCUGGAACUCCUCUUACAAUUGAUCAAUUCAAGAAAUUAGAAGGAAAAUCAUAUGGAAUUAUGUCGGAUGAAUUCACUGAGAAGAAAUUGAAUGAUUAUUUGAGAUUAUUGAAAAAAGGAGAGAUUCAUCGAAAUAUGGAAUUUGUUUGUAUUCUUUUCGAUAAAAGAAAAAGACGUUUGAUGGAUGGAAAAGUGAUGGAAGGAUUAGAUGUUUAUGAUCAAUGGGUUAAAAGAGAUGGAAAACAUUAUAAUAAUAUGGAAUUGGAUUAUAAAAAUGAAGAGGGAAAAAAAUUGAACACUGAAGUUUUGCUUCAACAAUGUUCAAUCACAAUUCAAACUGAUCCAAAGUGA